AGAUAUGGAACGGUGUGUGAGGUGUCCAGAUGAUAAGUAUGCCAACUUAGAGAAAACCCACUGCCUCCAAAGAGCUGUGUCAUUCCUNGCUUAUGAAGAUCCACUGGGGAUGGCUCUAGGAUGCAUGGCCGUGUCCUUCUCUGCCCUCACAGUGCUAGUACUAGUCACUUUUGUGAAGUACAAGGAUACUCCCAUUGUUAAGGCCAAUAACCACAUUCUCAGCUACAUCCUGCUCAUCUCUCUAGUCUUCUGUUUUCUCUGCUCAUUGCUCUUCAUUGGACAUCCCAACCAGGCCACCUGCAUCCUGCAGCAGACCACAUUUGGAGUAUUUUUCACAGUGGCUAUUUCUACAGUGCUGGCUAAAACAAUAACUGUGCUCAUGGCUUUCAAGCUCACUACUCCAGGGAGAAGGAUGAGAGGNAUGCUGGCANCAGGGGCACCUAACUUGGUCAUNCCCAUUUGUACCCUAAUCCAACUUNUUCUCUGUGGAAUCUGGUUGGUAACAUCUCCUCCCUUUAUUGACAGAGAUACACAGUCUGAACAUGGAAAGACCAUCAUUAUUUGCAACAAAGGUUCAGUCAUUGCCUUCCACUUUGUUCUGGGAUACUUGGGUUCCUUGGCUCUGGGGAGCUUCACCGUGGCUUUCUUGGCUAGGAACCUUCCUGACAGAUUCAAUGAAGCCAAAUUCCUAACAUUCAGCAUGCUGGUGUUCUGCAGUGUCUGGAUCACCUUCCUCCCUGUCUACCACAGCACCAGGGGAACAGUCAUGGUGGUUGUGGAGGUUUUCUCCAUCUUGGCUUCUAGUGCAGGUUUGCUAGGGUGCAUCUUUCUCCCAAAAUGUUGUGUUAUCUUAGUUAGACUAGAUUCAAAUUUUCUGCACAAGUACAAAGAUAAAUUGCAUUCUUGA